AGAAAAAGAAAAAGAAAAAAUAAAAUCUCAGUAGUCUAUAUAUGUUGGAAGUUUCAGCUCCGUCUCUCUCUCUCUAUUCUGCUUUUGAUGCAUUAUCCAAUCUCACUGUUACACUUCCCAAUAAUUCUCUGCCUUUGUCUCUCUAUGAAAUCUCUUAUAUACAAUACUCACUUUCUUGGUUUGGGUAUUAUUGCUAGAGAGAACUGGUUGUGAAGAUUCUUAACCAGCGCCCACCUCUUCUCUUUCUGUUUUCCCCUGCUUUUUUGAUCUUUAUCUUCAGUAAUGGAAGUUGUGUCAGGGAAUGAAUGGUUGGAAAGCACAUAUCAGUCUUCUGCUGUUACUGUUUUCUAAGGUCAGGUGGUGGCGUUUUAUGUAAUGAGGUGGUGAGAAAAGCUGUGACAUAAGAUUGAGUGAGAGAGGAGUGAAAGGGAAAGAAGAAAAGUAAAAGAAAAAAAGGAAAAGAAGGAAAAAUAAAGAAGCUUUGAGGAGGGAAGUUUUUAUGGAUUGGGACUUGAAACCACCUUCUUGGGAUUUAGCAGACCUGGAGAGAGAUGCUGAACCCAAUAUCGGGUCCAUCGUCGGGUUGAGUAGCUUAGGAGGGCCAAAGAGCAAAGGAGAUUGCUCCGUCGAUUUGAAGCUCGGGAGGUUGGGCGAUUUUGCCGAUAGGCCAUUGGACAAGUGGAAGGACUCAAGGGUCCUGUCAAUGGUGUCGCCUCCUGGCUCAUCGAAGAGGGCUCGGGCGCCCGGUAAUGGCAGUAACACUGCCAUGUGUUUGGUCGACGGGUGCAAAUCAGAUCUCAGCAACUGUCGGGAUUAUCACAAGCGGCAUAAGGUCUGCGAGGUUCAUGCGAAGACCCCAAAGGUGAUGGUUCAUGGUCAGGAGCAACGGUUCUGCCAGCAGUGCAGUAGAUUUCAUUCGUUGGUGGAGUUCGACGAGGUAAAGAGAAGCUGUAGGAAACGUCUCGAUGGCCACAACAGGCGCAGAAGGAAGCCUCAACAUGAUUCGUUGGCUGUGAACUCCAGAACCUUGUUUACCAACCACCAAGCGACCAGGUUCACGUCAUGUAUCACUACUCCACAGAUGUUAUCAACUUCCAUGACGGAGCAGCAGCCCAACUGGAUCGCAUCCAUCAAAUCCGAAGAUGACUCGCUUUAUGGCUGCCACCCACCUAUGUUCCUCGAUAAACAGCAUCCAUUCCCCACCUCCUACACUCAUAGCUACAAAGGAGGGAAGCAAUUCCCCUUCCUGCAGAGCGUUAAUGACCCCUCUCUCAGUCACAGGACAACUCUCGAAACCCCCGGCCGCCACCCGCUCCUCAGCACUGUCGCAUCUUCGGAGAGCAGCAGCAGCGGCAGCAAGAUGUUCUCCGCCGCCAACGGGAUAACCGGGCUCGACUCCGAUUGUGCUCUCUCUCUUCUGUCAUCGCCGACUCGGACUUCGGGCAUCAGCCUACGCCACGUAGUGCAGGCCACUGAACCGAUCCCCAUGGCCCAGCCGCUGGUCAUGGGCCCCCAGCAGUUCAACAGUCUAGGUCGGUACUCUUGCUCGCAAACUUCCAACAGCAUGUCGUCGACCAGGUUUUCGUGCUCGGGGAUGGAGGACGAGCAGAUGGCCAACGUUUUGGUCUCCAGUGCCAGUGAUGCUGAUCUCCAUCAGGGGAUUUUCCACGUGGCCCAUGCCGCCGAAAAUGGACAGUCUGCGUCUCAAACUCUUCCUUUUUGGUGAGCCACAAAAGGAGUUGAAAAGGGGUGAUGAUGCCUUCUUAAGCUGUUCAGCAUUUGGAUUCUGAAAAUGAUGUGUUCUACAGACUCAUUUGUAGUUAUGUCACUUUCUAACUUCUGCCAAGCAGGCUAAUUACUCUAUCAUGGUUCUGUAUC